AUGCAAUUCUCCGUCCUCGCCACCGCAGCUCUUCUGCUAUCUUCCGGUGCAUCGGCCACCCACCGAGUUGAUUAUCGAUCCCCACAAUACCAAGGCCCUCAACCCUUCCCGUGGCGUGCGACUCAUGUGCUUCGCGCGGGAUUCGGCCAAGUUGUCAUUCCCUCCAUCAUUACCCAGCUUCCGAAGCCUGAG